AUGCUUUCUUGCCUACGUCAAUCUGUGCGCUACGCCGCUCAAACAGCUCGAGCUCCAUCAACUUCCACAGCAGCCUCCAUUUCUUCUGAAGAUAUUUUUGCUCGUGAAAAGCUUUAUGGAUGUCACAACUAUAAACCGGUGCCUGUUGCGUUGUCAAGAGGAGAAGGAGUUUAUGUUUGGGAUGUUGAGGGACGACGAUAUUAUGACUUUCUCUCAGCUUAUUCAGCUGUAAAUCAAGGACAUUGUCACCCAAAAUUAGUCGAAGUAAUGCGAGAGCAAUGUGGCGUUCUCACUUUGACUUCGCGCGCUUUCUAUAAUGAUGCUUUGGGAGAAUACGAGGAGUUUAUCACAAAACUCUUUGGUUACGAUAAAGUUUUGCCAAUGAAUAGUGGUGUUGAGGCCUGUGACUCGGCAGUGAAAUUGGCUCGUCGCUGGGCUUACGAUGUAAAAGGAGUCCCGGAUAACAAAGCUAAAGUUGUCUUCGCCAAAGACAAUUUCUGGGGGCGCUCAAUUGCCGCGAUCUCUGCAUCAAAUGAUCCGGACUCAUUCGCUGGUUUUGGACCAUAUGUGCCAGGUUUUGAGACUGUACCAUACAAUGAUGUGGCUGCUGUUGAGAAAGCAAUUUCUGAUCCAAAUACGGCUGCAUUUAUGGUAGAGCCGAUUCAAGGAGAGGCCGGAGUCGUCCUACCCGAUGCUGGAUAUCUUCGGAAAGUCUCGGAAAUCUGUAAAAAGCAUAAUGUUUUAUUCAUAGCUGAUGAAGUUCAAACGGGUCUUGGACGAACAGGAAAAUUAUUAGCUCACUAUCAUGAUGAAGUUCGUCCCGAUAUUGUGAUCUUGGGAAAAGCCCUUUCUGGUGGAAUGUAUCCAGUGUCAGCUGUCUUGUGUGAUGAUCCGAUCAUGAUGAAUAUCAAGCCUGGUCAGCAUGGUUCCACUUAUGGUGGUAAUCCAUUGGCGGCUAAACUUGGAAAAGCUGCUCUUGAAGUGAUUAUCGAGGAAGGAUUAUGUGAGAAUUCAGCAGUGAUGGGUGAUUUAUUGAUGGAGAGACUUCGACGACUUCCAACAAAUGUCGUGAGCCGUGUAAGAGGAAGAGGACUCUUCUGUGCUAUUGUUAUUAACAAAAAAUACGAUGCUUGGAAAGUUUGUCUACGAUUGAAAGAGAAUGGACUUUUAGCCAAGAAUACCCAUGGUGAUAUCAUUCGCUUCGCUCCACCAUUGAUUAUGAACCGUGAACAGAUCGAAGAAGCUGCCAACAUCAUCGAGAGAACCAUCUCAGAAAUAGCCAAU